AUAAAUUAGCGAGGAAGUUUGGUUACUACAUCGGUGGAAAUUGCAGUUGGUUGCUAUUGUUUUGAGAUUUUGCCAUUGAAGCGAAAAUGUUUCUUUUGUACAGAGUGUUUGGUGAAACAGUCGCUUCGUUAUUUGAACCACUUGAGGACUUCGAACAGCAUUUACCUCGGACGGAUGAAGAUGACAGCGAGCAGGAUGAAUCUUUUGAAACUCCGAACCUGAUCCAUCGACAUGGGAUUUAUAGAGACAUGGAAUCGGGUCGGCGAAACGCGGACGGAACAUCUAAAUCGUCUGCUGAAAACAAAAUUUCAAAACAUCGCCCAUAUAUCUUAUUUACCACUACUUGCGGGUUUCUUGCAGCGGCAUUCGCUUUCACUUCAGGUUUGAUGCUUCGUAUCCAGUGCCCUGGAAAAGGGUUAUUGGAGUACAUCUUCAUGUCAAUGGGAGCACUGGGUUCAAUCGCCUUGCUUUACAUUCUUUCAUUGCUUCUUCCAAAGGAAUUUCGACGCUUCAGAAGUCACCAUCAAGCGAUAAUUUGUCUGGCUUCUAUAUUUUUCCUAGGUCAAUGGCUCUUUGGAAUUUUGGUCUAUUACUUCGAGGAUUCAAUAGACGAUUCUUUUAAAGAUUACUGCAAUCCAAGCCUUUACAAGUACACAAUCUACUCUGGUCCAAUUGUCAUAUUGGCAUUCAUAAUACUUGUAAUGUUAAGUUUUUAAAAACUUUAAGAGAAAAUAACGGCUGUUCUUCAAUUUGGAAAAUUAGUUUUUUUUGAUAAAUAUUUAACAUUAAUUUUUUAUAAAUAUUGUAUUUUUUUAUAAUUGUUUGUGACGAGGAAUUAAAAUUUAUUUCCUGUAGUUCCGCUUCUCUUAA